AUGGCGACCGAAGACGAGCGUUACAGGCAGUCGAGCCAAUACCGGCUGUGGUCCUUCACCAGAGCCGGCCUCCAGGACCUGCGAGCGAAGACAAACUCCUUGGCGAAGCAGCAGAUCGCGCCUCGCCUCACCGCGAGCCCUCCCCCCGAGUUCCUCACUGCCGAGGAGGAGAUACGGCUCGUGCGAUUCCACACCAUCGAGCUGAUCCAGGCCGCCCAGUUUUGCGAGCUGCCCACCGAGAUUCGAUCCACCGCCGCCGUCUUCUUCCGCCGAUUCUAUGUCACCAACUCCGUCAUGACCUACCCCCCGACCGAGCUGCUGAAAACAUCCCUCUUCUUUGGAUGCAAGGCGGAGGGAUACUACAUCCGCCUGAGCAGGUUGUCGGAGAAGCUGUCGGGCACGACCAGCGAGCAGAUCCUGGCCGGGGAGUUCCUCCUGUGCCAGGGCGUGCGCUUCGCCUUUGACGUGCGCCACCCGCUGAGGGCGCUGGACGGGGCAAUCCUGGAGCUGCAGCAGCGGCUCCCUAAUGAGCAGUCCCGGAUCAACAAGGCGCACGUGCGGGCGAGGGAGGUGCUCAAGUUCAGCGCGCUGCUGACGGAUGUCUACUUCCACUACACCCCGAGCCAGAUCAUGAUGGCGGCGCUACAGAUGGUCGACAAGACCUUGGUGGACGUCCUCGUGCCUGCGCCACAUUCGGGUGCCGGGGAUGGUGCGGCUGGGGAGAUGCACAAGAAAAUCAUGGAAGCCAUUGCCAGCUGCCGUGUCAUGCUAGAGGAGGAGCCGCCGGAGAGAAUGUCUAACUACUGGGAAACGCCCGAGACGAUCAAGUCCAUGAAGCCACUGCGAAAGAAGCUGCAGAGAUGCCGUGAUCCCGAUCGUGUCGAUCUUGUGGCGCUGCAGAAGGCUCGCCGCGAGCAGGCGCUGAACAAGGAGAAGAAGCCUGCUGGGUUGGCCGAGGGGGAGCUCUUUGGCGAGGCGAUCUCGAGGGAGGUCAAGAGACGCAAGGUGGAUACCGCUGACGACGUGUUUGGCCCGCCUAUGCCAUUAUGA